AUGUCCAGUUUAGACAAAUAUGAUGAGACGGAAGACCCUAGGAGCCAUUUGGCUAUCUUCCGGACUACAAUGCAGCUCCAUAAUGUCAACAAUUUUGUGUUGUACGGAGUCUUCUCAUCCACCCUCACAAGUUUGGCUCAGAAAUGGUACCAGCGUCUGAGUUCAAGUUCUAUCAAUAGUUUUAAUCAACUUGCCAUGUUGUUUAAGUAUAAGUUCAUUACUUGUAUACCUCAUAAAAAGCUCUUAUCAGACCUGCAGAAAAUCCGGCAAGGAGAGAGCGAGCCUUUAUGGAGUUUUAUCUCGCGUUUCAAUACUAAAGCAAUACAGAUUAAAGAACUAAAUCAUAAAAUAGCAUGUGAGGCACUGAAGAAAGAGACUCACAACAUAAACUUUAUGGAUUCAUUAGUCAAAAACCCAACAGUCACUUAUCAGCAAUUAAUGGACAAGGCACAAAAGUACAUACGAUUGGAUGAUGAAGUCCAGACACUAAAAGAUGAUAAGAGGACAAGUUAA